AUUAUUAUUUUUAAUUGAAUACAGUGCAUAGAAUUUAUUAAUUUACUUAACAAACUUUUGCUUUGUCUCGAAUGUUGAUUUAUUUAUUUAUUUGAAUUUCAUUUCCAGCUUAUUUAUUAUAAAGAAGGUAAUAUAUUUGAGUCACCAAUCACACUUCAUGAAUCAGCUCACGUUUGAUUUUGUUUUUCGGUGCCAGUGCGCAUGCUCGAAACGCGAAGCUCUCCAAGGUACUAAAAUUGCCGCGCGUCUCUCUCUCUCUCUCUCUCUCUCUCUCUCUCACUCAGUCCGUUAAUCUGUGGAGCUCGCGCAUUACCGGAGCUCGCACUUCUUGUCGCUUCCUCUCGGAUAUUAUUUCUUUUAUCGUUACAUUUCUUUCAUGUUGUACAUUUAUUGACAUUGAUAUAUAUUUUUUCGUUUUUAUUUUAUUUUUUCCCCUUUUUUUGCGGAUGUUGCUUGAAGCCGAACCCGCCGAGCUCCGUGUGGGAGUGCGUGAACGGGUCGCGAGACCGCAACACCGAGCGGAAUGACGCGCGCCUUGCUCCAAGUGCUCACGGCUCUGCUGGCGUGCGCGCUGGAAAUACAUCAGCUCAGGGUAAUAGCAGCAAAGGAGAAUGACAGGCGUGGACCUUCGCUGACUAUGUCGCCAUCUGAUUUCCUGGACAAACUGAUGGGGAGGACAUCAGGCUACGACGCAAGGAUAAGACCAAACUUCAAAGGUCCUCCAGUUAAUGUCACCUGCAACAUUUUCAUCAACAGCUUCGGCUCUGUCACAGAGACCACCAUGGACUACAGAGUGAACAUCUUCCUGCGUCAGAAGUGGAACGACCCGCGACUGUCCUACAGCGAGUAUCCGGACUCCUCGCUGGAUUUGGACCCGUCCAUGUUGGAUUCCAUUUGGAAACCCGACUUGUUCUUCGCCAACGAGAAGGGCGCUAAUUUCCACGACGUCACCACUGAGAACAAGCUGCUGAGGAUCUUCAAGGAUGGAACUGUUCUUUACAGCAUCAGGUUGACUUUAAUUCUGUCCUGUCCAAUGGAUCUGAAAAAUUUCCCAAUGGAUGUUCAGACAUGCAUCAUGCAACUGGAGAGCUUUGGCUACACGAUGAACGAUCUGAUCUUUGAGUGGUUGGAGCCGGGGCCGGUGCAAGUCGCCGAGGGUCUGACGCUGCCUCAGUUCAUCAUCAGGGAGGAAAAAGAGCUGGGCUACUGCACUAAACACUACAACACAGGGAAGUUCACCUGCAUUGAAGUGAAGUUUCAGCUGGAGAGGCAGAUGGGCUACUACCUGAUCCAGAUGUACAUCCCCAGUCUGCUCAUUGUCAUCCUGUCCUGGGUGUCCUUCUGGAUCAACAUGGAUGCCGCGCCGGCUCGAGUGGCCCUUGGCAUCACCACUGUACUCACCAUGACCACUCAGAGCUCGGGCUCCAGAGCCUCGCUGCCAAAGGUGUCAUAUGUGAAGGCUAUAGACAUCUGGAUGGCGGUGUGUUUGCUGUUUGUCUUUGCUGCCUUGUUGGAAUAUGCCGGGGUCAACUUUGUCUCAAGGCAACAGAAGGAGUUUCUCCGACUCAAACGCAGACAGAGACGAAAUAUUAAGGAGGAGGAGCUAAGAGAAGGGCGUUUCCAUUUCUCCGGCUAUGGCAUAGCUCCGUGCAUGAAGGAUGGCAUGGCGGUGAAAAGUGACAGCGUCGUGCAGCAGACUUCGGUGGAGAACAAUAAGAGGAAGUUUGUGGACCGAGCAAAGAGGAUCGACACCAUCUCAAGAGCAGCUUUCCCUUUGGCCUUUCUCAUAUUUAACAUCUUCUACUGGAUCACGUACAAAAUAAUCAGACACGAAAACACCGCCAAAGUGUAGCAGCUGAUGGUUAGAGCUGGCAUUGUAGCAUCACGUUGUCCAGAAAAAACUGCAAUCCGAUUUCAAUCAGGGAUUAAAAGCAUGGGCAGGGUUCGUGGACGGUUAGUGAACACUCUGUGUGCCAAAUGCAGAAAAUGAGCUCAGUGUAAGGAAAGGAACAGUGAGGAAAGUCAGCUUUAAUUACAAGGGAUUUUACAUCUAUAUUGGGUGAACUGUACAGGAAAUACAGCCAUUUGUUUUUAGAAGAUCAGAAGUAAAAAAAAGUCACAUUGUCCGACUGAAUGAUGAAAACUAGCGCUUGAAAACUAGAGCUGUUUUGACAUAAUUUCUAUCAAAUACUACUGAAUUACUCUCACUAGGGCUGGAAUGAGCAGGCAACAUCUCCGGUAUGUCAGUCCCAGUGAAGGAGGCGUGGCCUUUGUGAGCAUCAGUCUCAGAGUAGAAAACAUGGCCUAUGUUCUUCAGUGUCAGAAAAGGAGGUGUGGCCUAUGUGAGUCCCAGUCAAUCCCAGCGAAGGUGCGGCCUUUCUGUGUCAGUCCCAGAGCAGAAAGUGGGGCCUUUUCAUUUGACAGUCCCAGUGAAGGAGGCGUGGCCUAUGUGCUUCAGUCCCAGAGAAGAAUGCAGGGUUUUUACAUUUGACAGUCCCAGUGAAGAAGGUGUGGCUUAUGUGCUUCAGUCCCAGUGAAGGAGGUGUGGCCUAUGUGCUUCAGUCCCAGUACAGGAGGUGUGGCCUAUGUGCUUCAGUCCCAGUACAGGAGGUGUCGCCUAUGUGCUUCAGUCCCAGUUAAGGAGGUGUGGCCUAUGUGCUUCAGUCCCAGUACAGGAGGUGUCGCCUAUGUGCUUCAGUCCCAGUUAAGGAGGUGUGGCCUAUGUACUUCAGUCUCAGUGAAGGGGGUAUGGACUUUGUGUUUAUCAGUCAGAGCAAAGGAGGUGUGGCUUCUGCCUGUCAAUCCCAGUGAAGGAGGCAUUGCCUUUGUGUCUGUCAGUCAUAAAGAAGUAGGUGUGGCCUUGAUACCUUUAUACAAUAUAUUGCACUGCAAAAAUGACUGACACACACACAGAGUUCUCACUGCAUAUAAUGAGUAUAAGGUUUGAGUUCUUACUAGUGCUACUGUAUUUAGUUUUUUCAGUCUCAGACUGGAGGAUGGGUGAAAAACCCAGAAAAUUCCCCAUUUUCCCCUGAAACCCAUAGUAGUUACAGUGAACUCUCUGUCUCUUAUCCACACUCUCUGGCUGAAUCCAGGCUGCUUAUCAGUUUAAAAUACUUUAGACACACUUCAAAAUGUCGUCGUCCCCCCCGACUUCCUUCAUCUGCUGUGGAGUACAAAAAUAUCUCCCACACUCCCAGUUAAUGAUCAAUAUCUCGUAGCUUUUAAAGAAAACCAGGGUCCUGAUCUCCAUUUACCCCCAGUAAAGGCAUGAGUGAUACCGCAGUCUAAAACAGGACACCAGACUCAGUGCUGUAGUGCUUAGAAGCAGCUGAAUACACACGCUCUUCAUGACUCAUACACAUCAGAUGAUGUGGGAAGGACAUAGGAACCAUUCUAUAUUAAGUUCCAUUUAUCUAUUUGGCAGAUGAGCUUAUCGAACUUGCAGUACCACUGACGCACCAAGGCGAGGGGAAAGGAGUCUUUCCUCAAAGACUUCAAAGGAUUUGAGAUCACAGUCUUCUGGUUGCUCGCUUUCCUUCCAUUUAGAGAAAAGCAGCGGGGGGGAAAAAAAGGAUGAGGAAGACCUCCUUUCACAUCAACCAUCUGAUGAUUUGUUUUGCAAAUUUGACCUAAAAUGACCGGUGAGCCAUAAGCAGUUUCCACUUCCACAGCCUCCUGAACCAAAAAAAAAAUAUGACAGAACUGAACAGGAACUACACAGUUCCUGAAGGAAUUGCUGUUUCUACACUACAAGAACCGUAACCAUUCUGUCACGGCAGGCGAUGAUGAUAAUUUUAUCACAUGGCAAAAGCUCAGCAUGAUCUAGGACAGGAUUAGUUUUUCACGCAGUAAGGUGGGCUGAUGUUAUUGCUCAGUUAUCUCUGGGAUGAUCUCUAGUACACGUUUGGAAAGAUUACGCAUAUCUUACCUUUACAGGUCAUUCUGUGAAGUUUGCAUUGACGUUAUCAAAGUUCAGGACAAGAAGGUUUUAUUUAUUUAUUUUUUUUACCUGUGUCAUCAGUAAUUUUAACUCACCUCAUUUUUAUCUGCUUCCUAUUCAUUUAUUCUGGAUUAUAAGCUUUAUAUUAUGGGCUAAUUUGUGGCACUGACACGUAAAAUUACUUUUUUUUUCUUCUUUUUUUUUUUUUUAACACCUUUAACUUUUAUCUUAUUCCUGAACUAGUGAUCCAAAGACACACCACUGGGCAAGAAUUUUCUAAAUGCUUUUGCUCCCCUUCAAAUGGAUAAAACUGUUCACCUAAUAUAGAUGUGAAAACCCUUGAAAUUUAGAGACAAAUCAAAACUGUCCCAGUGCCUAUGGGCAGCCACGUUACAGGCCAAAUUUGAAGUGAAGACACUGCCGGAGUAUUUGUAUUAACCUCAAAAACAUGUAAGUAUUCUAAUGGUUUUUAUGAGAUUUAAUAUAAAAGGGAGAUUAUUCAAUUUUUUCUAAAAUUGUGUUUGGACAAAAGUUUGUACAGAAUUCAGUCACAGUUCCUACACGUUCACCAGGAGUGUGUGAAGCUUAAACCGUUAGGCCUUAGACAUCACAUGCUCAUUUCUAUUUCCUCACUUUCUGAGCAUUUCUUCAACUGCUUAUGUUAAUGAAUAUGGAUCGUGUUUGUACUUUAAACAAUAUUCAAAUAAAGUAGUAAAAAUG